AUGGCAUCUUCCUCCGCCGGCAUUACUCCUUCACCGGCCGAUGUUGCUCCUUCUGCAAGCAGUCGUUUCCACUUCUCGCCCGAUCCUCCGCCUCUUCCUACUCUCACUCCAGAGCAGCGCAGCUACUGCUCUGAGGCGCUCCAAAUUCUCAGACAGAAGCUCCGAACCCCGCAGCGGAUUGCUCAAGAGUUCUCUCAUUUGCAGGCAAAUAGGAUGACGGCAUCCCAAGUGGCCAGAAGCUGCAAGGUGGCUCUUAACAAUGCCAACUCGGAGAAGAAUCGUUAUAUGGAUGUCAUACCAUUUGACCAAAACAGGGUUGUUCUUGAUGCUUGCAAAGACUAUAGACCAGAAGCCAAGGGAUACGUCAAUGCAAGCUUCAUAGAGGCAGCUACUUCUGAAACUGUUUCACGAUUUAUAGCCACUCAGGGACCACUAUCACACACUUAUGAGGACUUCUGGGCAAUGGUGAUUCAGUAUAAUUGCCCUGCUAUUGUGAUGUUGACUCGUUUGGUGGACAAUUACAAGACUGCUAAAUGUGGAGAUUACUUUCAAGCAGAAGAUGGUCCUAGAGACAUUGGAAAUGUUUGCCUCAUGACGAGGUGGACUUGUAAUACUGCAACCUCAUUAGUGUUGCGAAACUUAGAAGUUGGUGAUAAAGUGUCAGAGGAACCACCCAUAUCAGUUUUACACAUUCAGUAUCCUGAAUGGCCAGACCAUGGAGUUCCCAAGGAUACAACUGCAGUGCGUGAAAUUUUCAGAAGAUUAUACCACGUGCCUCCUCAACUUGGCCCAAUAGUUGUUCACUGCAGUGCAGGUAUUGGUAGAACAGGCACAUACUGCACAAUCCAAAAUACAAUCCAGAGAAUAAUUGCUGGAGACAAGUCUGCAACUGAUCUUGCUAAUACCGUAUCAGUGUUUAGGUCCCAACGCAUUGGGAUGGUUCAAACCAUGGAGCAAUAUAUCUUCUGCCAUGAAGCUAUCAUCGACGAACUGGAAAGCCUCACCUCAGAAUCUGAACCCUCUAGAUAA